AUGGAUAAGUAGGUGUCUAAGAAACUCAAAAAUUUUGAAACUAUGAAUUGGUUGAAAAACAGAUUUAAGAAUUAAGUUAGGGAAAAAUAUAUCUUAAAUGAAAAAGAACUCAAAGAACAAAUAAUGAUGAAGGCUGUUUUCAAAUCAAUUGAUAGAGACAAAUCAAGUUACAUUUUAUUCUUUAACUUUAUUUUUAGAAUUCUUAGAUAGAUAAGAACUCUAUGAUAUGUUCAAACGGUAUGGCAUUAACAUCACUAAAACUAAGCUCAAAGAAUUUUUUAAAAGAAUCGAUUAAGACGAAGAUGGUAAACUCAUCAUUUAAACUCAGACAAACUCAAUUGGAAUGACUUUAAAUAAGCCUUGUAAAACUAGGAAGCAUUGUAAAGUAAGCUUUAAUUAUUAAAUCAUUAGUGUUUGCUGAACUUAUGAGAAAAGUAAAGGAAUCUACAGAAAAACAAGGAAAAAAAGAAGAAUUAAAUUUCAUCCCAUUGAGUUUUCCCAAUAUGAUAUAAUAUAUGAAUUAUUGUGUAUUAAGAGAAGAACUUAUUCAAAAGAUUAACUCAAAUUAGUUGAAUAAUCAAUAGAAGAUUAAAUAAUGCAAAAACCUCUUAUCUUUAGAGGAUAUAUGUUAUAAUAAAGUAGUUGAGUUAAAAGAUGAUAAUGAUGAAGAAUAGGAAGAAGCUGCUUUCAUUAAGACAGCUAAAAAAUCAUAUGAUCAUCAAUAAGUGGCUAUUUUAAGAAGGUUGCAAGAAAAAGAAUAAACUGAAUAACGUCUAGUAAAUAUGAACUAUUAUGAAUUAGAAUCGACUUAGAAAAUUAAGUACAUCAUAGUAUUACAGAUCUGAAACUGAAAAAGUAAAUAGAUCAUUAAGAUAAAAGAGUUGUCAACUUAAUUCUGAUAAGAAUUAAAAUACUCAAUCAGAAUUUAAGUAAAUUGAUUAAUUAAUUUUUGAAAAUCCUAAAGAUCUUCCAAUAAUAAAAAAUGAAAUCAAAUAAAAAGUACAAAUUCCUAUGUUAAUGUCAGAAAGAAUAUAUGAAAGUGAUAAUCCUUACAAAUACAAUCAUAAAGUUAAAGAAAAUAAAAAGGAUUCUUCUAUUGUUGAAAUUCCGAAAGGUUAACACUUUCUUACAUAAAAUCCAAUUGUAUUAUAUAUAUUUAAAUUUUCCAGAGUCUCAGAACAUCUGUAAGAUUAUCAACUAGAAAACAAUAAAAUUCCCCAAAUAGAAUUAGAAUAUUAUCUUAAACAGAAUUACCCAAACAUUCUAAUAAAAGAUGA